AUGAAUGUCUUGGGGGUUGUUGACCAGAACAUGGAGUUCAUUUACUGUUUGGCAGGCUGGGAAGGGUCGGCUCAUGAUGGGAGAGUUUUGAGAGACGCCUUGAUUAGGCCAAACGGUUUAAAGGUACCUAGAGGUUUUUAUUAUCUAUGUGAUGCCGGUUACAGUAACUGUGAGGGGUUCUUAUCUCCUUUUCGAGGUCAACGUUAUCACCUAAAAGAUUGGGGUGGGAGACGACCAAGAACACCUGAAGAAAUGUUUAAUAUGAGGCAUUCAACUGCAAGAAACGGCGUAGAGCAAGCAUUUGGCAUAUUGAAGAUGCGUUGGGCAAUAUUGAGAGAUACCACCUUGUUUUCAACGAAAAUGGUUACAAAAAUAGUCAAUGCUUGUUGUCUGCUGUAUAACUUCAUACGUGGAGAGGUUGGUGUUGAUGUGUUUGAGAGGUUGUACGAAGAUGAAGAAGAUGAACCAGAAGUUGUCGAUGAAGAACUCAUACUCCAUAUCCAGCCUUCAGUAGAAUGGUCAGAGUUUAGACAAAAAUUGGAUGCAGAUCUGUGGGCUGCUAGGCCUUGGGCUACUAAUUGA